CGUCCGGGCUCUAUAAUAAUAAUAAUAAUAAUAAUAACAGCAACAAACACCUACAUUAAGACCACACGUUAACUACCACCAACAAUACCAUUAACCGGAAUCCAGAAAUUAUAAUAUUUAAUGUGUAAAAUCCAGGUUGACGUCUCUCUUCUAACGACGGUUGGUUGAAGUAUAUAUGUUUAAAUUAUUGCAAAUGCUAAGCAUGGACUCUCUGCACGUUGCUGAAGAAGAGGUGGUCGAAUCUACCUCCAACAAAUGGGAGGAUAUAUACACCUUUCUCUCGGAGGGCUGCUUCCGCCCUACAAUGAGCCCGAUAAGGAAGAAAAAUCUCAAACGAUACGCGCAGAAAUUUAUACUAGAAGGUGGCCGAUUGUACUAUGUGGGGCCAAAGAAAGAAGAGAAGCGUGAAGUAGUUAUUGAUCCCGAAAGAAAACGGCAGGUGUUUCUGGAAAGCCAUUUCAAUGACAUUGGGCACCAUUUGGGACAGAAGAAAACAGUCCACAGGAUCCAGAGCAAGUACUACUGGCUGGGAAUAGUGAGGGAUGUGGUAGACUGGAUUAAAGUUUGUGAAACGUGUCAACAUGCCGAGCACAAUAAAAACAUGUCCAGAAAAGUCAGACCUAUUAAAGUGGAAGCACCAUGGGAAAUCCUGGGAAUCGAAGUACUUGGGCCUUUUCCGCAAUCUAGAAGAGGUAACACAUCCGUGCUUGUAAUAACAGAUUAUUUCAGCAAGUGGGUUGAAGCCAUUCCCAUACAGAAGAAGGAGUCUAUGUCAGUAGCACAGUGUAUGGCGUCUUCAUUUUACAGGUUUGGGGCUGCUAAAACUGUGUUCUGUUGCCAAAGCCGGGAGUUUUGCGAUGAAGUCACUAAACACCUGUUUGACAGAUGGAACAUGGUCCAUAAAGUGUCACCGGCUGAUCAUCCUUUGUACACAUGCCUGUACGACCGAAGCAGUGACUUGUUGAAAGAAGCCAUUAAACAGGUGGUGACUGAGAAGCAAGCGGACUGGGAUGACUACUUGGAUCCUGUUCUCUUUGCAUUCAGAACCUCCGUCAACUCAACUACCAAGUUUACACCGUUUUUCUUGAUGUUCAAUAGGGAAGCAAGUUUGCCAAAUGAGAUUGAUUUCGACAAUCUCAAGGAGCAGCAAGGACAAGAGAUUUGCUCUGGCAAGCAAGACUGCACUGCAGAUUUUGUUACAGCAAUACAACAGCAGCAGAACAUAGUUAAACAAACGGUUAUUGCCAACAUGAACGCCUCUUACAAGAAGGAAAAGAAGAGCACCAAAAGGGGAGCGAGGAGCAUGCAGCCCAUAACCAUUAAAGUUGGGGACACAUUGUAUGGAACAAGCGACUCUGCACAGCUGAAAAGGCUGAAGAAAAGCCACUUCUUGUCGUUUCCAGUUGAAACUGUUUUAACCUCUGAACAGAGUGGCUCUGAUGUAAAGUAAAGAGGCUAAAAUUCAUAGAGGGUAAACACCCUGCCUCAAUGCCUUGGUAUGUGGUCAUGUCUCUCCUUUUAAUGUACAGUUCACUCUUUGUACUUCAGGCAAGGUAUGUUCAGAAGGUGGCCCCAUAAGCCCUGACGAGGGUAAUUGAGAAAAUAUGCUGAUUUGCAAACCUGAGCAGAAAGGAAAGGAAGAACAUAAGCCAGGUUUGACCAAAGUGUCCACACCUGGCAGGACAUCUGCAGUACUGCCCUUCAAAAUACUGUAGCCUAUCGAUCCAGAGUUUCUCACAUGAUUAAAAUGACUCCGUUCAUCAUCCAAAUCAGAAACCCAGGGAAGGAAUGGCAAAAAAGUGACUUUUUAUUAACUUAAAUAUGUUUUAGCUAAUGCAACAUCAUUCUUUCUUGAACAGUGCUAUGAGAGUCUUUGUAAGACGAUUGUUCCAUUAUGAAAGAGCACUCCUGUUGGGUGAAACGCUGAAGUGGAUGGUCCUGAUCUGAGGAGAAAGAGUUCAGUGGUCAUCAUCCUGUGUGAGAACCAUGCUGUCUUACUCUAGAGGUGUAGGGGGGAUCCUUACGAAUAUACACUGUGCCAGGUUUUCAAAAGGGUCACUAAUAACAAAGGGGACUAGUUAUGUUAUACUUGCUUUCAGCAAACGUAACCGCUUUAAGUGUUUCAGUUUGAAAUGUGUGUUCUGUUCUGCAUACGUUUCUAAUUAUUUAAAAGUGUAUUACAGAAGAGAUAAUCCACGAGAAGGAUUUUGUUUCCUACACUUGACCAUGAAAGGGAACCUCCAGCGUAUAAUGAAAGCUGGAUUGCUUCACAUGCCAUGUGUUAUUUCUUAAUUUUUUUCACUUAACACCUUGCAAUAUGAAUGCAUCCCUUCUGAGUGGUUCUGUUGCUCUGCUGUUGAGCUUAUAUUUAUGUAGUUUCUCUCCAAAUCUCUCUAUUGAUAACAUAAACACUUGGUUACGGUUUUUAAGGUGAAACUUAAGAAUGAGAUACUUGACAGUAGGUUGGAACCCAAGGAAAUGCAUGGUUUGGACAUCCCCAUUUGAUAGGCCCUUCUCUGCAACAUUAACCACUUUAAAACACAAGCUCUUCUCCAAUAAUAAUAAUAAUAAUAAUAAUAAUAAUAAUAAAAUGCUUAAAUACUCGAGCAUUCAUUAUCAUUCCUUUAUUGAUUAUUUAAGAAAAAAAAAGCAUAUUUGCCUCUUCAGAAAAUACUGCUGCUUGCCUAUAUAUAAGUUGCUUCUUGUCUUACACUACUGAUUUUAGUGUAUUUCUUUUGGUUCUAUAUUUCUUUCUAAAUUACCUGUAAAAUGGUACUUAACAUUUAAUUGCAGAGUAUAAAGGAUGCAUUGAAGGCUGCAUGCUGUGAGAAUGGAAAAAACUAUGGAAUACAGUGCUAAAAGGGGUUUUAUUUUCUGAUGCACCUUUUAAAUGUAUGCCAUUGUUACUUUACUGAAAACUUGCAGUCGUUCUAAUGCUGGUAAAUAUUUGACUUAUUGUUUAUGUUUAAAAUAGUGUAUGGUUUGAGAUUUCAACAAAAUGAUGUUUUAUUUAUCCCUUUGCAGGAUAGUCGUGUAAAAAGAUUGCCUGUUGCUAAUCUUUAAAAUGUGGAAAUACACUGUAAAUAAUAACAUUGUGCUGAAUAAUGUUUAAUAAACAGCAAUGCCACCAUCAGUUUGAAUAGUGUUAAAUCACCAGUGAUAUUUGUAAGAGAAAUGGAUUUUUGAAAAGUUUAUCAAGUUAGAAAAACAGUAUUCUUUGUAUCUGGGCAAUUUCAAAUGUAUUAGAGGAGAACUUAAACAAAGAUGCAAGUUAAUAGCUGGACCUUGGAAUAGACUGUUUACAUUUAAGAGCAGGGAUCAAGUAAAUGCCAAAAAAAAGAGGGAAUAUUUCUUGACUGUCAUUGCGAUAUUUUCCUUACUGGCUUUGCAAGGGCAGUUGUGUACGAUUAAAUGGGGGCAAUUAGACUUUGCAGUGGGCAGUGGCUGGCAGUUUGAGGAUGCAUUGCAUGCAGCUCAUUACAGGCAUAUCUGAUGCAAUGCACAAAACUUACAAUUACUGCAAGAAUUUUUGUCUUUGCAAAAAAGAAGCAGACAGAAAUCUUUAGGACGUACCCCUUAGAUUAGGCUACCAGGGAUGCUUUGUUUUU